CCUUUCUUUUCAAUAGAGUUGCACUGAUUUCAUUUUCUUAGUAAAGGUGGUCAGCCAUAUUUUAGGUGUACUGGCUCUUUAAAGGGGAUCUGCAUCCGGAGCAGUUUUCACUCUUUCCGGACUAACACGGGCCAGUGUCCUACUGAUGAAAAUCCUGCUUUAAAGGAUUUGUUUUCAAGUGUGGACAAGGUACGUCAAUCUCACUGUUGUACAGACUUUAAGAUAAUCAUGUAGUCGGUGGUUUAUCGACCAGCUAUCUGUCAGCCUCGAUGGUCUGCUUAUGAGAGGAGGAGAGGAGUAGGCCAGAUUCACACGACGGUUAUUGUUUACAUAUAUCCUCCAUUAAUUUUGGGCAAUACGAGUAACCCCCGGAUCAUUUUACUUAUUUUUCUCGCCAUAACUCGAAGUUUAUUGUCUAAGUUAUCAUACGUCCUCGUAAAAAGUCAGAGUAUCGGUGCUAAAAUCUAAGCUAGCAGUGAUGCGUUCAGGAGCUCUGAACGCCGUUAAUGGGAACAAACGGCUGGUUUAUUUUCAGACAUGUUAAAAGUUUAACGGUUAAACUUUUAAUUAAUAUGGGGUUAUUAUUGUAACAGCAGGCUAAAACUUCACGUCUAAGCCUCCAUCUAACCGGUCAAAUAUAAACACUAAUAACAAAAUAUUGAUUACAUUCAAUAAUUUUCCAGUUUUCUCUUCCAGCAGCCGCUUGUUUAUACCGAGACCUCGGACCAGUCCAUUACGGACUGCUGCGGGGUGUCGCAGCGCAAGGAAGAACAUUUAUGAUUAUUUCUUCAUAGAAAUACAAUCAGACCGAGAUGCUAAGGCAGAAUAACUACCGCGUCUGCAGUGCAAAUUAUUAAUAUGGUAAUUAUUACUUCAAAGAAAUGAUAAAGAAAUGAUCAUAAAUGUUCUUCCUUGAGCUGUGUCACCCCGCUGUAGUCUGUAAAGGACUGGCCCGAGGUCUCGCUACAAACAAGCUGCUGGAAGAGAGUGGGUGAGUUGUGUUUAGUCUCUUUGCUAAAGAAAUUAGGCAAAGUUAUAAAUAUGUUUGGUGGCUGGGACCCUAUAUGUACUGUUGAUGAAGUUAGGUGCUGUUCUGAGCAUUAUUUGUGGCUAUAGAGUGGCGCUUUGGUUGAGCACGUGGCUCUCUGUAUUGCUAUCGUGUGGUCAUUACUAAAGUUGGUAUAACUAGAGAAGAAAGUGGUCGGCAACAUUCAUCUCUCAAGGGGGUGUCUAACUCGGUGUUACAGUGUGUUUGACCCUAAAUUAAUUUUACGCCGGAAUAUCCCUUUAAUCAACAAUUUGGAGAGUGAUUUGCAGCCUUUAGCAAGUUAAAGGAGUGAGGAGAUACUUAUUACAGGCAGAAACCUCCAACAGAACCAGAUUCAUGUUGACAACCAUCUGCUUCAACCGUGCUGGGCUUAGAAAGAGGGAUAGAAGGAGAUGUAGAAAUGCUGCGGUGACUGUAUUUCCCCUGAAUUGUUAUUCUGUUUUUGUUUCCUUUCAGCUCACUAUGGCCCAGAACCAGGUGAUCCUACAGUUUCGCUUCGCCAAAUUUGGGGACUCCAUGUUGCAAAAAAUGAACCUCCUACGACACCAGAGACGCUUCUGCGACGUCACUGUGCGCAUCAACCAGCUGGAGGUGCCUGGACACAAGGUGGUGUUUGCUGCCGGCUCCUCUUUCCUGAGGGACCAGUUCAUCCUUCAGCAAGACUCCCAGGAGGUUCAGAUUUCCAUGAUCCAAGAGGCGGAAGUUGGUCGGCAGCUGCUGCUGUCCUGCUACUCAGGGCAGCUGGAGUUUCCAGAGCUGGAGCUGGUGCAUUACCUGACGGUCGCCAGUUUCCUCCAAAUGGGCCAUAUCGUGGAGCAGUGCACUCAAGCGCUCAGCAAGUUCAUCAAACCCCUCCCUACACGUCAGUUAGAAGUGAACGUGGAUAUGAGGAGUGCCAAGAAAGAGGAGGGUCUAUCCUCCCAGACCCAGGGAGGGGAGGAGCGCUCUCAAGUGCGAACUGUCCAUCAGGAGGACGAAGAGAUAGAGCAGGUAGAGGAUGACAACAAUGUUGAUGAUGAAGACGACGAUGACGAUGAUGAUGAUGACGAUGUGAUCAUACAGCCUGAUUCACCUCUACAGAUGGUGAGCAGACGUCCAAGGCAGGGUAUGGUAGAGAGUGAUAUCACGAUAGUAAAAGUGGAGUCAGUGUCUGAUCCAGCAGAGAACUCCAUCACUGGUCAUUUCUCCUCCAGCACCCCUGCUGCUCUCCACUCUCCUGAGCCCCAGCACUCCCUCAUCAACUCCACCGUGGACAGUCGAAGCAGCGAGAUGGCGGUUCCACCUGGUGUGUCCGGAUACCCGCUCAGCCCCCCUCCUUCAUCCCCUCCUGCAGAUAAACACAGCGGGCACCAGAGAAACUACGACAAACCUCUCCAGUGGUACCACCAGUGCCCGAAGUGCGCCCGCGUCUUCCGCCAGCUGGAGAACUACGCCAACCACCUCAAGAUGCACAAGCUGUUCAUGUGCCUCCUGUGCGGAAAGACUUUCACGCAGAAAGGGAACCUGCAUAGACACAUGCGCGUCCACGCCGGCAUUAAACCCUUUCAGUGUAAAAUCUGCGGUAAAACCUUCACCCAAAAGUGUUCUUUGCUGGAUCACCUUAACCUGCACAGUGGGGACAAGCCGCACCGCUGCAACUACUGUGACAUGGUUUUCGCUCACAAACCAGUACUCCGCAAGCACCUCAAACAGAUCCACGGUAAGAACAGCUUUGACAACGCCAACGAAGGCAACCUACACGAGGGAGGGGUUGACUUCGAUUUUGGCCGAAUAUAAAUAUGUGGUCCUUUUCAGUAGCUCUGUUUGAACCCUCAGUUACUAAAACUACCAUGAUGGACCAUAAAGACUGUUAUUCCUUGUCUAAGAAGCCAAUGAUUGCAUCAUCACAGAGGAGGGAAUGAGUGACCAUGAUGGCUGAUGUCUCUGCCUCACACUGCUGGGUUUAUCAGGCGAACAUGAAGAUGUUUCUCUGCUCUGCAUUUCACUGUAGCUUCAUUACUGUGGACUAUACUGAUUUUUGUGCUACAACACAUUAUAGAAGCCUUCAUAUUGUACUUGAAUAUUCAGCACUGAAUCAUAACGACUGUAUAUCAGUAGUUUUAUUUGGAAAGAAACAUGUCUGUGUGUUUACUAUGUUUGAGAAAAUACAGCAGAGUAGAAAUGUAUUCUAUAUAUAUGAUAUUAGUUUGUAUGUUACGUAUACAGUCCACUGUAGCCUUUGUUUCCUCCAUGUGUGAAUAUGAUAUCAUGAACUUCUUAAAAAAAAACUUGAAGAGGGUGGGUUGGAGAAUAUUAUAUUUAAGGCAAGCUACACCGGUGUAAACUGGGAUGCCAAAGUUUAUGUAAACUAAAAUGUUUUGUUUUUUUAAAGCAGACCUUAUACCUUAGGUACUCUUGGACCAAAGUGACUUAUUAUCUGUCCUGUGCUCAUGGAUUCCAGUGUGUGUUACAAAAUUAAAAACAGACUCUUCACUCUGUCAAGAGUUUUUUAAAAGUG